AAGGUAGUGUUAAUGGACUGUAUGACCUCAUGUUACCGGAGGUUGAUGGCGAAGUCCAGAACAAGAUUGAAGUGGAUUAUAUACCCUGGGGUAUGGCUAAAAGGGAUAGGGAUGUGGACACUGGCAAGUUUGUGUACACCUGUGAUGAUACCGAUUGUGUCGCCACUAGACUUCAUGCAUGUAUCGCCCGCAACCACGUGUCCCUAUACCACAACCACCACGAGUUUUAUAUGAUACUGUGCACCACUGACCAGGAUACAUGGAAAACCAAUCCACUGGCACAGGUAGGCCAAUGUGUGAAUGAAGUGAAUGAUGAGGUGCCCGAUAUCGAUACGGCUAAUGCACUGACAGCCUGUGCUGCCAAUGACAAUGUCGAGGGGAACGGCUAUUUGGAUGAGGUAUUGGCCGCCACUGAUGGACUCUACCCCGAGUUAAGCGCCGAGUCCGACCCACUAAUAUUAAUCAAUGGCGUACGCAAUGAUAAGGCACUGAUUAAUGUUAGAUAUGAAGUGUGCAAGGCUAUAGCGAAAGACCAAAGGCCAACAUUAUGUGCCGAUGUGACAGAGGAUCCGGAUGUCCCUGUUGACAUAAGUGUGCCAACUGAUAAAGUUAAAGUGCAGGUGUAUUACUCGCCGUAUAGUACAAAGUCUAUUGAUUUGAUUAAAUUGAAUGCCGAGGGAAAUGAUAAAGGAUUAUAUGAGUUGAUGUUACCCGAGGUGGACGGGGAGACCAAGUAUAACGUGGAAGUGGAUUAUAUACCGUGGGGUAGGGCUACCAGGGAUACGGAUACUGGCACUGGCAAGUUUACGUACUCGUGCGCUGAGGGGGAUGACACUUGUAUAGCUACUAGACUUCACGCAUGUAUAGCUCGCAACCACGUGUCCCUAUACCACAACCACCACGAGUUUUAUAUGAUACUGUGCACCACUAACCAAGAUACAUGGACUACCGAUCCAUUAGCACAGGUAGCCCAAUGUGCCAGAAAUGUCAAUGACGAGGGUCCUGAUGAGGGCACGUCCGACGCCCUCAAAGCCUGUGCCGCCGUAGAUAAUGCUGAAGGGAACGGCUACCUUAAUGAGGUGUUGGCAGCUACUGACAUAUUAUAUCCCGGAAUUGAUGAAGCAAGCGAUCCAUUGGUGUUAAUCAAUGGUAAACGUAGUGCUAAUGCGUUGACUGAUUUGAAAAGCGCUGUUUGCAAUGCAUUCACUGAUGAGUCCAAGCCACAAGCCUGUACCAAUACACCCGUCCCACCCGAUGAUAAGCCGUUGGCUAAGGUGCAGGUGUUUUAUUCACCGUUUAGUGCGGCGGCCAUUGAUUUUAUCAAACUAAACAAGCAAGAUAAUCCCGAUGGCUUGUAUGAGCUCAUGUUACCAGAGAUUGAAGGGGAAGUCAAGUAUAAGAUCGAGGUGGAUUAUAUACCAUGGGGUAGGGCUACCAGAGAUAAGGGUGACACUGGUUUUGCAUAUACUUGCCCUGAUGAUGAUACUGAUUGUAUCGGCACUAGACUUCAUGCAUGUAUAGCUCGCAACCACGUGUCGCUAUACCACAACCACCACGAGUUUUAUAUGAUACUGUGCACCACUGACCAGGAUACAUGGAAAACCAAUCCACUGGCACAGGCAUGUAUAGCUCGUGCCCCUAGCAACCACGUGCCCCUAUACCACAACCACCACGAGUUUUAUAUGAUACUGUGCACCACUGACCAGGACACAUGGAAAACCAAUCCACUGGCACAGGUAGUCCAAUGUGUGAAUGAAAUGAAUGAUGAGUUUCCCGAUGCCGAUACGGCUAAUGUACUGACAGCCUGUGCCGCUAAAGACAAUGUUGAGGGGAACGGCUAUUUAGAUGAGGUAUUAGCCGCCACUGAUGGACUCUAUCCAGAAAUUACUCCAGCAUUGAGUAAAAUUAGAUACGAAGUGUGCAAGGCAAUUCCGAAAGAGCUGAGACCAGAACCUUGCUCAGAUGUGACAGAGGAUCCGGAUGUGCCUGUUGACAUAAGUGUGCCAACUGAUAAAGUUAAAGUGCAGGUGUAUUACUCGCCGUAUAAUGUGACAGAGGAUCCGGAUGUGCCUGUUGACAUAAGUGUGCCAACUGAUAAAGUUAAAGUGCAGGUGUAUUACUCGCCGUAUAGUGGAAUGCCAACUGAUAAAGUUAAAGUGCAGGUGUAUUACUCGCCGUAUAGUCCGAAGUCUAUUGAUUUGAUUAAAUUGAAUGCCGAGGGAAAUGAUAAAGGAUUAUAUGAGUUGAUGUUACCUGAGGUGGAGGGGGAGACCAAGUAUAAUGUGGAAGUGGAUUAUAUACCGUGGGGAAGGGCUAUCAGGGAUACGGACACUGGUACUGGCAAGUUUACGUACACGUGCGCUGAGGGGGAUGAUACUUGUAUAGCAACUAGACUUCACGUAGCCCAAUGUGCCAGAGAUGUGAAUGACGAGGGUCCUGAUGAGGGCAUAGCCGAUGCCCUUAAGAAGUACACGUGCGCUGAGGGGGAUGAUACUUGUAUAGCAACUAGACUUCACGCAUGUAUCGCUCGUAACCACGUGUCCUUAUACCACAACCACCACGAGUUUUAUAUGAUACUGUGCACCACUAACCAGGAUACAUGGACAACUGACCCAUUAGCACAGGUAGCUCAAUGUGCCAGAGAUGUGAAUGACGAGGGUCCUGAUGAGGGCAUAGCCGAUGCCCUUAAGACCUGUGCCGCCGUAGAUAACACUGAAGGGAACGGCUAUUUGAAUGAAGUACUGGCAGCCACUGACAUAUUAUAUCCCGAAAUUGACGAGGCAAGCGAUCCAUUGGUGUUAAUCAAUGGUAAACGUAGCGCUAAUGCAUUAAUUGAUUUGAAAACCGCUGUUUGCAAUGCAUUCACCGAUGAAUCCAGACCACAACCUUGUACCAAUACACCCGUCCCACCUGAUGAUAAACCGUUGGCUAGGGUGCAGGUGUUUUAUUCACCGUAUAAUCAGGCGGCCAUUGAUUUUAUUAAACUAAACAAGCAAGAUAAUCCUGAUGGUCUGUACGAGCUUAUGCUACCAGAGGUUGAAGGGGAAGUCAAGAAUAAGAUUGAGGUGGAUUAUAUACCAUGGGGUAGGGCUACCAGAGAUAAGGGUGACACUGGUUUUGCAUAUACUUGCCCUGAUGAUGAUACUGACUGUAUCGGCACUAGACUUCAUGCAUGUAUAGCUCGCAACCACGUGUCCCUAUACCACAACCACCACGAGUUUUAUAUGAUACUGUGCACCACUGACCAGGAUACAUGGAAAACCAAUCCACUGGCACAGGUAGUCCAAUGUGUGAAUGAAGUGAAUGAUGAGGUGCCCGAUCCCGAUACGGCUAAUGCACUGACAGCCUGUGCCGCUAAAGACAAUGUCGAGGGGAACGGCUAUUUAGAUGAGGUAUUGGCCGCCACUGAUGGUCUCUAUCCAGAAAUUACCCCAGAUGUGACAGAGGAUCCGGAUGUGCCUGUUGACAUAAGUGUGCCAACUGAUAAAGUUAAAGUCCAAGUGUAUUACUCGCCAUAUAGUACAAAGUCCAUUGAUUUGAUUAAAUUGAAUGCCGAGGGAAAUGAUAAAGGAUUAUAUGAGUUGAUGUUACCUGAGGUGGACGGGGAGACCAAGUAUAACGUGGAAGUGGAUUAUAUACCGUGGGGUAGGGCUACCAGGGACACCGAUACUGGUACUGGUAAGUUUACGUACACGUGCGCUGAGGGGGAUGACACUUGUAUAGCUACUAGACUUCACGUAGCCCAAUGUGCCAGAGAUGUGAAUGACGAGGGUCCUGAUGAGGGCACGUCCGACGCCCUUAAAGCCUGUGCCGCCGUAGAUAACACUGAAGGGAACGGCUACCUGAAUGAGGUGCUGGCAGCCACUGACAUAUUAUAUCCCGGAAUUGAUGAAGCAAGCGAUCCAUUGGUGUUAAUCAAUGGUAAACGUAGUGCUAAUGCGUUGACUGAUUUGAAAACCGCUGUUUGCAAUGCAUUUACCGCCACAACCCUGUACAAAUACACCAGUACCACCUGA